CUCAGUUCCUAACUCUCGGAAUAGAUAAAUAGCUUCUUUUAUCUCCUGACUGUCCGUAAAAAGGCCCAACACCCCAGCCUUGUUCAACAUGAGCCUAUGGUCUGAUUCUAGCUAUGGCGAUGACGAUUAUUAUUGGUGCCCCCCUUGUCAGAGGUUCUUCAACUCGCAAUAUGCCCUUGACUGUCACCGCAAAUCCUCCAGUCGACACGAAUGGUGCGCAAGGUGUCGUCGAUAUUUCUCUACACCAUCAGCAAAAGCUGCUCAUAUUCGAGACUCAGCGGCUCAUAAUGUUUGCUGGAAAUGUCCUGUACCGCUUGAUUUCAUAUCGUAUGAUCAACUUCAGACGCAUCGCGUGAGCGAUCACCACCUUUGUCGACCUUGUGGAAUAUACCACUGCUCCAGCGACGAACUACGAGACCAUAAUGUAGAACAGCAUAACCUCUGCGUCGACUGUGGUCAAUUCUUUCAAAACAGAAAUAAUCUGGAAAUGCAUAAACAACGCCACACGCCUCGGGACUUAGAAUGUUACGGUCAUGACCGCUACGGUUGCGAGCAGGUAUUCAAGACUUUCUCAGGAAUGCUGAUACAUUUGGAAUCUGGAUCUUGCAUUUCCGGUACUAUAGAGGGCGAGAUCGACGAUCUAGCGCGAGCAUGCUAUCAGAGCAGAAAGUAUCGCCGCGACCUUGAGAACGGAGGGUGGUUAUACAUGUGUCCUGGUUGCGAAAGGGGUUUUUCCAAACUUUCGUCCCUUUUCCAACAUGCCGAGAGCAUCCAGUCUUGCUCAUCAUAUACUACAGGCAACGGUUGCCUGGCAAAACUUCGGUAUUUCAUCUCAUGGAGAAUAUAAGUAUGCAUUAUGGGCUACUGCUUGGUAGUGAGCUGAUCCGUGUAAUUGUGCGAAAGAAUGGUGUUCAUUCAUACAAGGACAUUUGAGAUGUAAAUUAGCGCGAUAUCGGAUUAUUGAAAGAUUUCUCAAUAGUAGUUACAACAUUAACGCCCCACUGGAGGAAGAUGAUCUUCCAUCUGUGGCGCAAGGAGCU